GUCUGAUAAAAUACUAAAAAAAGGCAUCCUGAAACCAAACAGCAGUAAAUCAUAGCAGAGCUUCCAAUUCUUUGUAUUCUUUGGUAGGUGAAGAGUGACUAGAAAAAGAAUGAAAGAAGAAGAACUCCAAAGAAACUGAGAUUUUCAAUUACAUUGGUGUCCCUCACUGAUAUCAGAAAAUGUAUAGAGGUUUCUGUAACUGAGGGUGUGAAUUAUAUUCAUCAUCAGUUGCCAGAAAUACACUAAUGAAAUUACUAUGCAUGUGACUCUCUGCGGUGAAUGUUAAAUCUGUGUGAAGUAUGAGCAUUUGUUGACUGACAAGUGUCUCUGCCUUUUCUAUUCAUGGAUUGCUCAAUGAAAUUACUCAGAUUGUCCAGCAAAGUGCCCCAUGCCUGGGGGAAUUUGCUUGCUGCUUGCAAGCUAAUUGAUUAAAUCACCACCUUGACAAGGCAAGUAGUACUGGUUAGCUGAAGUACUGGUUAGCUGAAGUACUGGUUAGCUGGAUAAGAAAACAGAAGAAAAAGAAAAUAUUGACUGCAAGGACUUGAUACUAUAUAUUCGUACCAGAUAUAUACACUGUAGUGUCUCUGUGUAUUUAUAUAUAUGUAUAUGUUAUAAUAUAAAUACCGUAUUGUUUAUAGUUUCCUGUAUCCUGAGCAAUUUCAGACACAUGGAACUUGUUUUCCAUCUGUUUUUCAUACCAAUGGCACAUUAAUUUACUUAUUUUACAAUACAAACAUAGCUAUGAAUAUCUGUCCUGUGGAAAUACUGUAAUUCUCACUGGGGUUUCCUCCUCAUCUGAAAAACCAGUGCUGAAAUCAGCUGCCACAAAGGCAGCAUGUCACCUCGAACUGGCAUUCUGGCACCUGAGCACCCCCAGCCAACAGUUUACAUUGUCCGUUGCUUAUCCCUAAAUGAAACUUGAUAGAUUUUACCUGGGAGACCCAAAAUAGCUUGGGAUGUGGUUAUCAGAGGCCACUCCCUGGGUUAUAUUGCUGCAGAUGAUAGCAACGGGUUCUCUUCAAGCCCACAGCUCUUUCCUUUAAAAGACGCCCUCAUGGCUGCAGAAGGUUUUCCCUGCGACAUCCUCAGCCCUGUGAUCUGCUACAGAAAAGAUCUUCUCUUCGGCCUUUGGAGGAGAGGUCCUGUAAAAAAUGAGGAAGAUGCUGAAGAUUUGCUGUUCUCUCCUCCUCUUAAGUUUGCUCAGUGGGCAACUGAGCGCCAACCCUGGACUCAAAGUGAGGAUCACCCAGAAGGGGCUGGAGUAUGCCAAAGAGGUUGGGCUGGAAAUCCUGAAGCAGAAUAUGGAGAAGGAGCGUUUUCCUGAUUUGACUGGCCAUGAGAAAUUUGGGCUUGGUAAUGUCAAAUACAACAUCUCAAGGAUACAUGUUACUGCUGUUGAAUUACCCAGUGCUUCCAUCUCCCUGCUACCAGGGUCUGGGAUAAAACUGGUGAUUGGAAAUGCUUCUCUAACCAUCGAUAUGAACUGGAACAUAAGGACCUGGAUAUUCAAAGACAGUGGAAGAGGCACAGUGCACAUUUCAAAGGUGUUUGUUACCGCAAUCUUUUCGACACCCCUGGAUAAUACAGGCCCUACGUCAAUAUCCCUCACCAGCUGUCGGACAACUUCUGGUGACAUAGAUAUCAAGCUGAAUGGGAAAACUGGCUUCCUGCAUAACUUCUUUAUCAAGUAUCUGAAGAAACCCAUUCACAGAAGCUUGGUCACUAAUUCAUGUCCCAAUAUCAGAGCUGGGAUCCAGCUGAUAAAUGAAGACCUCAGAUCACUGAAUGCUGUAAUGCAGAUUGAUGAUUUGGCUGAAGUUGACUACUCCUUAAGUAGCUUGCCAGCAGUAUUCCAACCAUUCAUUGACCUGGACUUAAAGGGCAUAGUCUUCCCAGCUGGAUACUAUACUGACUCUCCCUACGUGGCAGCUUCCUUCACAAUCCCGGACCAAAGUGACUCCAUGCUGUACCUUGCCUUCUCUGAGUAUUUCUUUCAGACCUCCUCAUUUGCUUACUACACUGCAGGGGCCUUCAAUAUGACCAUUGAAGAGGAGACUUGCAGCUAUUUUAAUAUAAACACAGAGAUAUUUGGCAGUAUCAUCCCUGAGGUAGCUAAAUAUUCAGUUACACCCCACCCAGUGAUGCUGAAGCUAAUGUGUACUGAAAUCCCUAUCAUCAGCUUACAGCAGGAUUCCUUCACACUAGAGAUUCAGGGCUCCAUGGAAGUGUUGGCCGUUCUGCCAGACUCAACCACCCAGUCUCUGUUCACGCUGAACAUAGCAGCCAACACCAGCAUUUCUCUGAAUAUAUUUGAUAAGAAAUUGAUGGGCUCGCUAUGUUUGAACAGGAUCCAGUUCUCCCUAGCCCACUCCAAUGUUGGCUCUUUUGAGGUCUUGCCUCUGGAGAACAUCCUGUCUUACAUUUUACAGACUGAAGUAAUUCCAUCAGCUAAUGCUAAACUGUCAAAAGGAUUCCCUCUUCCCAAUCUGGCCAAUGUUACCUUGACAAGACUUCACAUUACAAUUGUACAGGGAUAUGUGUUGAUUUCAACUGAUGUCCACUACAAACACUAAAGGAAAAGAGAGACCACUUGUUAAGCAUGAACUUCAAAUCAAGGCAAUAAUGGGACUCUGAAGACUAAACACUGCCCAAUUCUGCUGAAAUGUUUAACCUGAGCUCUGACACCCCCAUCCUGGCUGGGGAAAAGAGGGGGUGCUGGGAAUCAAAAAAAGCUGAGGCAAUGUUUAGCUGGUAUAAUGGUGGUAAUAAGCAGACCCAAGGGAGAACAUGUAACACAUGCCUGACAUUUAUUUAUUCUAUAGUUUAACUCAUGCAAAAAUGUUUUUAAGAUUAAUGACUCUUUCGAAAUACAGUUUCAAAAUACAAUACAUCCAGAAGAAUGCUGCAAUCUCUUAAAAUUAGGAGAAGCACAUUGUCAAAAUGCUGCUAGGGCAGAUACACCUGCUAAUAUGUUUCUACUUUAACAACCUUAAACACUUCCCUUCUGCACACCAUGCAUGAAGUAGGGAGCGAGCUCUCUCCAGAAAUGUGGAACUGUCAGAUUGGGAACUGUCCCAGUUACAAUGGGAACUAAAAUCUUUGCAGUGUCUCAACAUAAAUCUGAAGAUGCAGAAGCAGGACAUGAAUCAGUGGCACUACUACUCUCCAUCUCUCCCUGCGAUUGUUCAAAUCCUUGUGCCUGUCAUGUGCCCUGUUUAAUGAUGUUUAGCCAGGUUAAAUACAUUUAACUCCAUCAGUGUUUCUGGGUAAGUCCUCAAAAAUCUAAUUCUCUGACAUCUUUGUCUGAAUUGAAGGUUAGAUAGUUUUCUUAUUUUGUUUGGGUAGUUACCUCACCCUCUUUCUUCCUCCUCUUUUUUCCCAGUGCUUUAUUAGUGUGCAAAGUGAACACAGUUCUGCAGAGGGCCGUACCUGCCCUGCAAUGCAUGGGUGGUUGCGCUUUGGCCAAACCCGGACGGGGAGCGGGCUCUGGCCUCCCCAACACCUGUUUGUUUCCCUCGUGCUGAGAAACACCAGCAGUGAUGCGCUGCAGGCAGCUUUUGCCUGUCCGGAGCUGAGCGAGCUCAUCCCACCAGCUACAGGGCGGUACCUAAAUACCCCACGGGCCAAAGCUGCUCUGCCCCGGGGGUCAACACGUACACACAUUUUUAAAAAAUUCUCGGGUUUUUUCCACAUAAAGUAGCCCAGAAGCCGUACGUGGUGCGAGGGAGGGGGCAGUCAGGUACAACCCAGCCCCCUGCGCUCCCUCUCACACCCCGGCCCGCGGGUACCGAGGGCCUGCCGCGGGCUGCCCGGCAUCGUGGGAGGUUGGUCUGGCAUGGGCU